AUGCCGCAUACGAAUCGCAAAAAGAAGAGUGGAGCUAGGGAAACUGGAGAAGAGAUGGAGAAGACAAAAAAGAUUGCGCAGUCGACGAAGCGGAAACAGAUAGAGGAUGGAGAGGGCUGGACACAUGUUGUGGGUGGAGGGAACAAGACGGGUACUGCAGAGACCUGGACGCAUGCGGGAGAUUUUGUGAAAGAUGGGGUCGCGUAUAUUGAGCGCACGAUGGAGGAGAUGCAGGCGGAUUUGGAUAACUAUAGGAAGCAGUGGGAGAGUAAUGAGGCAGCUGGUCAGUUGAAGAAGAUUUUACAUGGGAGGAGCGCGGUGAAGAAUAUAGUUUGCUUGGGAUUGGGAAGUUUGCAGAGUGCGAGGAGGGAGGGAAGGAGGAGUAGUUAUACUCAAUUGGCGGCUUUGAUGAUGAUUAUCGAGGAGUUUGGUGGUAUGGGUGAGGAUAAGAUACAAUGCAUAUUUCAAGACCCGCAAAAUACUGAAGGUGACAAGGAGUUCUUCACAUCUUUGGGUGGGAAAGUAGUGGACGACCCUUUGGCAUUUGAUUAUAUUAAUGAGGACACUCUUGUAUAUGCGAUACAUUGUUAUGGACCAGUUUACAAGACUAUUAGUCAAGGACCUCGACCCGCAGUCCUCAUAGGAACAGACGUAAAUAACUUUUCAAAUCUGUGGUUAUCAAAAACAGAAACUCUCGAACAACAUCUAGACGAUAUGGUCAAAGAUUGCGAAACAAUAAAUUUCCCACAACUUCGACAUGAUUUCUCAGAUACAAAGAUAUACUGGCGAAACCAAUCAACUGUUUGA